AUGCCGCGGGCUGAUGCCGUGAAUGAUGCCGCGUUCGGGGUUGGUUGGGGCCCCGGCGUGGCUGUUUUCGGCACGGCAUUCAUCGCAUCUCGGCACGAACAGUCAACCACGAGGACACACGAGGCACACGAGGACCGAGUCGAGCGAGAGUCGAUCGCAAAUAAACAUAAGGCCUUGUGGAGUGAUGGAGAGGCGGAGUAG